AUGAAAGCAGCCCAGGUGGGCAAUGACAUCCACUUUGGAGAGAGAAUACACCUGCCUCCUGCAGCCAAGGUGCCAUUUCCCCUUUGGAACGGCUGAUGCCCUCUUUCUGAAUGCCCCAGGCACAAGGCCACCCAGACUCAAGGCUGGCAUCGGGUCUCCUGGGUUUUGGCUGCACUUCCCCUGGUGCUUGGAAGCGCCUGGAGGCAGCUCCUCAUUUCUGCGAUUCUUUGCAUUUUGACAACAGAAGGGCCACGCCUGGGACUCAGCAGAGUCAUCAUCGCCUGCCUACAAAUGGGGUGCUGGCUUGGAAAGCUUCCUCUCCAGUCACUCAGAUUCUCCAGCCUUUCCCAACCAAUCCAUUCCUUUCUGCUUUCUGUUCAUUCUGGGUGGAGCUGAAAGAUUUCCAAAUGUGCUGUCAGUUCCUUCUGCAUGGGAUAUAAAGCCUCCUGGGCGCAGGCAGGGGACUCAGACCUGCUUCGCCAUGAAGUCCAUCGUCCUCUGCCUGGUUGCGCUCCUUGCAUUCUGGGGUGAGCAGGCUCCUGUGUCUGGUCAGAUGCCUCUAGGUGAGUGUCUCCUUGGACUCCCUUGUCCCAAUCUCCAUCUUUCUAAGCCCCCAUGGGAAACACUCUCUAAGGCAGCCUCCCUCUGAAUUGGCUGCAAAUCCCAUGAGCCUCUGCAUCUUCUGGCUGUUCUGGCUUGGGGCUGAUGGGAGGUGGAGUCUGGUGGGCACCAAGUUGAGAAACCCCUCAUGGGUAGCUGAAAGAGUCCUGAUUUCCAGCAUCCACCAAAUGAGCUGGCGUUGUGACCUCCUUUCACGACAUCCUCAUGAGGGAUCCUUCGACCAGGUUUCUCCCACUCCUUUCUAGCAGGUCAGAUAACAGCUUCUUUUUCUCCCUCUCCUGGGAGGAAACAUCGCUCACUCCCUGCUCUUGGGUGAAGGAGUCCUGGCAGGCAGGCAUCAGAUCUGGCCCUGAGACGUCAUGGUUGAAGUUUGGAUGUGCAUGCUAGAGAGAGGCGUCCCCACCAACCACAGGCUGACUCAGCACCCAGCCUUCCUCUGCUCCUGUGAGACACAUGGUGUGAAGCUGAGAGGAGGAGGAAAGACCCCACAUGGUGUGUCCAUGCCCCUGUGGCAAGCUGGGCUCCCUUUCUGCUUCCUGGGACAGGUGGACACCUACGUAUAUUGGCAGUUACCUGGCUUGGGUUGUCCCUUUUUAUUGAUGCUGUUGCAUUUUGAUCUGUUUCUUUGUAUCUGAAUCUGUACUGUUUGUUUGUUUGUUUGUUUGGUUGGUUGGUUGGUUGGUUGGUUGAUAGAUUGAUUGAUAAAACAUUUGACAGUGGUUUACAUCAAUAUAAAGACAUAAAACCAGGCAAUAUAAUAAUUAAAAGUUGAAAAGUUGAAAGCAAAAAAACAAAUUAGAAACAAACACCAGCAGACCAUUGUGGGGGAAAAUAUUCUCAAUUGCCUGUACAGGCCUGGAAGAAUAGAAAAGUUUUCAGCAGGUGUUUAGAUGUUGGCACAGAAGGCUCCUGCUGAGUCUCCAGUGGCAGGGAGUUCCACAGGAGUGGGCCAAUGACAACUUGGUUGUUGUCAAAGAAGCCCCAGCAACCCAAGGAAUGAUCAAAGGUGCUCCUGCAGAUGAUCUCAGUGAUCGAGCUGGAAUAUCAGGGUUCAGGUGAUCCCUGAGGGAUCCUGGACCCAAGUUGUUCAGGGCUUUGCCAGUAAUACAAGGAGCUUGAACCUGGUUCCACAGCAGAUGGCACCUUCAUGGCUCAGCUUCCAGAGCUGGUUGAAGAAGCAACUCUUUUACCUGGCUUUUUGACACUUGAGAUGUGUGUUUUUAGGACCCACCUUGUUUUUAUGAUUGCGAGUUGUUUUAGACUGUUUAUAAGACUGUGCUUUAAUUUUUCAACCUGUAAUUAAUCAACAUGUCAUUAACAAACAAUAACUAUAAUUAUACCUCUUCUGUGAUGGCAAAGUCCGGCUCCUCUGAGAUCGAAUAAAUUACGUUAGAGGUGCAAGGGUGGAAAGGUUAGCUCUGUGCAAAGAACUGGAGAGAGCAAGUUUGAGGGUGUGUAGGAUCCUCGGCGUGUCAUUUCUUAGCUGUCCUCCUCACUCAGGCACCUCUGUGGAAAGGCUGCCCACAACCUUUCAGCCGUUGGGACCGUUUGUUACCAAACCUGGUCGGGGAGAGAGAGUUUCCUCUCUGUCCUGCUCACCACUUUCACCAUCCUCCUGAGCUUGCUGUGAUUCUGCAAUCCUGGGCAAUAUAAGGGAGCAGACCAGGUUGGGCAGUGGACUCUCCCCUUAGCCUGACCCACCAUGAAGUCUGGUGCUCUUGUGAUCCUUGUGGGGCUCCUCACCCUCUGGGCUGAGCUGACACCCGCCUCUGCUCAGAGGCUUCCAGGUAAGGGAUCCUGUCUCCUCUCUCCUUACAGGCGCAUGUGUCAAAAGCAUUUCUCUGGGAAUUGUUGAGAGAAGUGCAGUCAGGAAAAUUCCUUCAGGAAGCCGGGGAAGCUCAGGGGAACAGCACUUGAGUUGCAUGCAGAAGGUGUGGGGUUUCAUUCCCCACUGGGAAUGCUGAAAUCCAGUGAGAGGGGGCAUUCUGCCACUCUGCUGUGCCACUGGACACCUCCCACCAGCCAAGGUGCCACUGGAUUCCCCCUCUUGCCAAGGUGUUCCUUAUAUAAUUUGCUCCCCUUCCCAGCAAUGAGACUUUGCCAGGGCUUCUAUGAAUAAAUGGGUUGAGUGUGUGUCUGUGUGUGCGCGCGCGCCAGACUGGGUCUUUGACCCGGGUGACAGAAAGCCUAGCUUUGGCCCUUUCUUGUGGAGUGUUCCUUCAGCCUCCUCUCCUCUCCCCCCUCAUUGGGAGUCCUCCAGACAGCUGCUACCACUGCCCCGGUCUCUGAGCUGCCCCUUCUGCCCCAGAGAGAGGUGCCUCCCCACACUGCCCCACAACGGCCUGGGAAGAGGAUACACCAGGCCUUAGUGGCCCAACAGAGACUGGUAGAAGGUGUACAUGAGUCCAGCACCUUACCUUGGCAGGCAGCAGCAACAGCAGCAGUGGGCACUCAGCUCCCAGGCAGGUCUUGACCACAGCGAGCACAAGAAAGACCAAAGCAGUGACGGCUAGAUGGCCGGCUGGCCUGCCACUUGUCUUUUUUUUUUUUUUAAAGAUAUUUAUUAAAAUUUUCAAGAUAUUACAAAAUGAAAAAAGAAAAAAGAAAAAUACAAAAUAAAAAUAGUUAAAAACAACUCAAUCUUUCCAUUACUUAUUUUUCAUUAGCUUGUUUCCCGGACCUCCUCGCGCCUCCCUUUUUUGUAUUCCAGUUCAGUUUGUUAGUUCAGCAAAUCCUUCCCCUCUUUGUUUAUCCUAGUCUUUAAUCUUAAAAUAUUGUAACAUUAAAUUUUUACCUAUUCGUAAUCCAUUUUUCAUAUUCCCUUAUAGUAUUACAGCUAAAAACCACUUAAUUUCUAUCCAACAUCAUUCUAACAUUCAUUAAUUUUACAAUAUUUCUGUAAAUAGUCUUUAAACUUUUUCCAAUCUUCUUCCACCGACUCUUCUCCCUGGUCUCGGAUUCUGCCAGUCAUUUCCGCCAGUUCCAUAUAGUCCAUCACCUUCAUCUGCCAUUCUUCCAGGGUGGGUAGAUCUUGUGUCUUCCAGUACUUUGCAAUAAGUAUUCUUGCUGCUGUUGUGGCAUACAUAAAGAAAGUUCUAUCCUUCUUUGACACCGAUUGGCUGACUAUGCCCAGGAGAAAGGCCUCUGGUUUCUUCAGGAAGGUAUAUUUAAAUACCUUUUUCAAUUCAUUAUAGAUCAUCUCCCAGAAAGCCUUAAUCCUUGGGCACGUCCACCAAAGGUGAAAGAAUGUACCUUCAGUUUCUUUACAUUUCCAACAUUUAUUAUCAGGCAAAUGAUAGAUUUUUGCAAGCUUGACUGGUGUCAUGUACCACCUGUAUAUCAUUUUCAUAAUAUUUUCUCUUAAGGCAUUACAUGCCGUAAAUUUCAUACCUGUGGUCCAUAACUGUUCCCAGUCAGCCAUCAUUAUGUUAUGUCCAACGUCUUGUGCCCAUUUAAUCAUAGCAGAUUUCACCGUUUCAUCCUGAGUAUUCCAUUUCAACAGCAAGUUAUACAUCUUUGAUAAAGUCUUAGUUUUGGGUUCUAACAGUUCUGUUUCUAGUUUUGAUUUUUCCACCUGGAAGCCGAUUUUCUUAUCCAAAUUGUAUGCCUCCAUUAUCUGAUAAUAAUGAAGCCAAUCUCACACUUUGUUUUUCAGUUUUUCAAAACUCUGCAGUUUCAAUCUGUCUCCCUCUUGUUCCAGAAUUUCCCAAUAUUUCGGCCAUUUGGCCUCCAUAUUGAGCUUUUUCAGUGCUUUCGCUUCCAUCGGUGACAACCACCUUGGGGUUUUAUUUUCAAGUAAAUCCUUAUAUCUUAUCCAGACAUUAAACAAUGCUUUCCUGACAAUAUGGUUUUUGAAUGCUUUAUGUGCUUUGACCUUGUCAUACCAUAAAUAUGCAUGCCAUCCAAAUACAUUAUUAAAACCUUCUAAAUCCAAGAUGUCUGUGUUUUCAAGAAGCAGCCAUUCUUUCAACCAGCAAAAGACUGCUGAUUUAUAAUAAAGUUUAAGGUCCGGCCUGCCGCUUGUCUGUCCAUUCCCAACAGCAAGGGCUGGUGGACUGCCUGGCUGGGCUCCCUCACCCACCUGCUGACUCUGAGGCCGCCUCAGUUCCUGGCAACCAGCAUCCCCCAGCCAGCCCCGGAUGCACCUUUUGCCUGUGGAGCUUAUAGCCAGGGCUGCUGCAAUAAAGAGCUGUGCAAGCCUUUGGGAGGCAGAGACACAAGAGGGAGGGAAGGAAAGAGAGACCGAGGCCAGUGUUGCCCAUCAUUCAAGGCACCCCAGGGUGCCACAACACACUGGUUGAAAACCACUGCCCGAAGCCAAUGAUUCAGCUCUCCUGUUCAGAUUUUCAAAGAACAGGAAAUCUGAUUCUCCUUAUUUUUGUGAUUGUAAGUUGCCGAUCAGAAGGUUGGCGGUUCGAAUCCCCGUGACGGGGUGAGCUACCGUUGCUCGGUCCCUGUUCCUGCCAACCUAGCAGUACGAAAGCACGUCAAAUGCAAGUAGAUAAAUAGGUACAGCUCUGGCGGGAAGGUAAACGGCGUUUCCGUGCGCUGCUCUGGUUCGCCAGAAGCGGCUUAGUCAUGCUGACCACAUGACCUGGAAGGUGUACGCUGGCUCCCUCAGCCAGUAAAGCGAGAUGAGCGCCACAACCCCAGAGUCGGCCACAACUGGACCUAACGGUCAGGGGUCCUUUAACCUUUUAAAGUUGCUUCAAACUGCUUUUAAUCUUUUGUUUUAAGGUUGUAAUGUUCCCUGGGACCUUAGGGUGAAGAGCAGGUGACUAAUGAUAAGGGAACAAGGAGUUCCCAAUCCACAUUAAGAUGAGGCGAGGAUGUCCAUUAACACAUUGCCUCUGAAAUGCCAGCCCUUUUCUGACACCCCCUCCCCGCUGUGGCCAAGAGGAGCACCCCUUGGGAGCAGCAGACUUGAGGGGUGCAGAUUUGGUGCCCCCUGCUGGGCUUCUGAGGCAGGGCAGGAGGAACACUUGCCUUUGCAGCCCAGACCCACUUUCAGGUAAGCUGCAGGAGAGACUUAAGGACACACCUUGUACCUAGAAGCAAGCCCCGCCCAUCUCCCAGGAAAUGAUGAAGAUAUGAACAGGAUGCUGGCAUAGAGAAGACAAUAGCUUGAUCCUGCAAGCUGCUCUUACAUUCUUUCUUUAAGUGGCUGAAGCUUUCAAUUUUCACAGCGGAGAGGAGUUGAAAUGCCUUCUUUUCCAACACCGACGAAGGGCGUGGUAAUCCAUUUCCCUCUCUCUCUUUUUCUUUCUCUCUCUCCCUCUUUCUCUCUUUCCCCAUCACAGUGAAGCCUGGCACCUGUCCUACUCUGAUCCAAAACAAUGACACCCAGUGCGGCCAGUUCUGCUCCAGAGACAACAGCUGCCCAGGGAGUGAGCGCUGCUGCCAGACCGGCUGUGGGCAACAGUGCAUGCGCCCACGUGAGGGUAAGCAGCAGCCCCUCUUUCUGGGGGGAGAAAUGAAGUCGGGAACCUCCCAUCUGCCUCCUCUUCUGCCCCAGAUAUGCUCUCAACCACCCAUCCAUACACACAAGGGGGUUGGUGCAUAUCCUGCCUGGAUCCAUGUAGUGCUGGUGUGUGACAACAGUUCAGAGUCAGCAAGAGGCAUUGCAGUGCAGAAUCCCACCCGCCAUGGCGUGGCUUGCCCAGACAUGGCAGCUGACCUCCACCUGGCGCAUGGUGUGGCUUGCCCAAACAUGGCAGCUGACCUCCACCUGGCGCACUGCCAGCAGGGUCCAACCAACAGGUGGGAGGCAGGCUGUGCACAGCCUCAGUCCAGAGACUCACCUGCUCUCAGGUGUGCAAGCAGGUCAGAUCAGGGCAACCCAUUCAUUUCAGGGGAAGAUCUCUAUUCUCACAUGCAAAGAGGAACUGGCUCCUUUCUCUGCAAGUAUUAAUGUGGGGUUUUUUAAAAAAAGAAAACAGACCUAUUCUAUACAACCCUUCAUCCGAAGAUCACAGUGCGGUUCAGAAGGACUGACAAAGAACCAAAAACAUGCAUAAAUUCAAAGCUGAACUACCUCAGUUGUGUAAAGAUUGAAGAAAACACUCAAUUCCAUGAUUUGCAAAUUAAAUUCUUACUUAAUUUGUGCAGCCAGAUAGCUGUCGGUCCUAGACAAGAUUUCAGCUGAAGAAAAUAUGCCUAAUAUCAGAAAAUGUUGGGAAUGCACUCAGUGUUGGCUUGCGGCCCCAUAAAUGCUUCUGAAUACCAGUCAUGGCAAACACAGGAGGGAAGUAAGUGUUCUUCAUCUGCCUGGCCACUGUGAGAACAGGAUGCUGGACCAGGUGGGCCACUGGCCUGAUCCAGCAGAUGCUCUUCUUAGGUUCUCCUUUCAUCCCCAGUCUACCCUGGAUACUGCCCCAGGCUGAGCCCCCAGCCAGGCCGGGCAGCGAACUGCUCAGCGACUUGCAACAAUGACCAGGACUGUGGCUCAGUCUACUUGCCACGCAAGAAGUGCUGCAGCAAUGGGUGCGGGAAGACUUGCCAGCUGGCUGAAGAAGGUAUCUCUUGGAUGCGGGAGAUAUGGGGACCUGAUGGGGAGGGCAGUUGUGUGUACAUGUGCGUGGCUGGCAGAGGAUUUUGCCAAGGAAGAGGUGCUGGGGCUCACUCAAAGAGUCUCCUCUCCCUCAUGCCAAGCGGUGUGGUGGUGGCAGCUGCCAGUGGUAGGAUCAUAGAAGGGGAAAUGAACUCUGCACAUGCUCAGGAGUUUGUUUCCUCUUGAUGAUAUCCUCACACGUUCCAGAGUGAGUCCUGGCAUUCAAAACAAAAUUCCAUCACACUACUGACUGCUGUCCCCUUCUCUCCAUCUCCUUUUUCCAGAGCACCCUGGCGUGUGUCCCAAAAGGGAACUGGUAAAUACCUUUGCCCCCUGCAAUGACACCUGCAGAGAUGACCGAGACUGCCCCCUCACCCAGAAGUGCUGCUUCACUAUGUGCAGCCGGGGCUGCCUGGACUCAGGUACUGGCAAAGCCCCUGACCCCUUCUCCCCCCACCCUCUCUUCUCUGGGCACCUAAGUGCCCUGGAGACUGAGAACGUCUCCCCAUGGACCUCCAUCCGUUCUGCCUCCAACAGUUCGCAGUGACAGGUGCCAGUUGCCGCCCAAAACUGGACGAUGUUUAGCAGCCUUCCGCCGUUACUACUACAACCCAUCGCAGAAGAAGUGCGUCCUGUUCACCUAUGGUGGCUGUGAGGGUAACAGCAACAACUUUGAGACAAAAGAGGCAUGUGAGGCAGCCUGCGGGAAAAUCAGCCCAGGUACCAAGUUUGGGACCCACCAGAAAUUCAUAUUCAUGGCUUCAUUGAUUGUGUUUAUAUAUCCCCAUGUCAUCCAAGGAGCUGAACUUCCCCUUCCUCAUUUAACCCCAACAACAACCCCGUGAGGUAGGCUAAGCUCAAGGAAGCCACUGGCCCAAGGUGAGGUUCAUGGAUGAGUGGGGAUUUGAACCCGCAUAUCUCUCAUGUCCUAGUUCAACACUCUGACCCCUAGGCAAGGCAGGAGAGUCCCUCUGGGAAGGCGGGCAACCCCAUCAAAGAAGCUGGCCAGAAGGGGUCCAGAGUUCUGGGAGGAUUGGGUACCCGGCUCUGUUCUGGACUUUAUGUUUCAUAUAAUUGAGGGGAUGGAGCGGUUGGGAUUUCUUAGCUGGACAGAGGCUGGAUGUGGGUGUUGGAAGCCACAGGAAGGGAGAGGGCUGCUCUUGGGCUCGGAUCCUGCUUGCUGAUUUCCCCAAAGCAUCUGGCUGGCCCUGUGAAAACAGGACGCUGGACCAGAUGGGCCAUUGGCAUGAUCCAGAACCUUAUGUUCUUCUUAAUAUUAUUACUUUGUGCCAUAAUCUUUAUAUGGACAUUUGUGAUUGGGGCAGUUUGAAAUUUCAAGAUAAGAGAUGGUAUCUGAAAUAGGACACUAAAACUUUGGAUUCAAAAGCCAACGGUGGGAAGCCUUGUAAGAAUGAAGGUGGCCUUAGAAAUUCUGACACCCCAAUUUCAAAGUCCUUCUCUGGGAGGUGGAAAUGACAGUUUGGCAGCUGCGGUGUAUUUGACGUGUUGCCAUCAGGAGUCAUUAAAAGAGACGACACUCCUUGCAAAUCCCCAGAAUAAGGAGAAGUCGUGUAUUAGCUCCUUGUUUGGUGAUAAGCAACCUUUGCCAUAGGGUGACUCCUAGUCUGUGACUCCUAGUCUGUGCCCAAAAUCAUAUGUUUUUGCAGCUCUUGGGAGGAGGGGUUGGGGUUGGAGCAUUUGGCAAAGGGUUGAGAGGCGAGAGGACUGCAGAGAUUUGAGCCAGCAGCCACAAGGAGGUCCCCAAAUUCAGUCCCUGAGCUGGACUGGCCCAAAGAGCCCAGGCGCAAUUCCUCUCUGCCUGGAAGGAGAAGAGUCUGUGAUUCCUUCCUUCUAGAGAGGGGGGGGGGCUUCUUAUGGAGGAAUGCAUGCAGGGAAAAUGAAGUUGGAAUUAAAAACUCUUGACACCUUCCUGCCCUAAGAAAAACCUCUCUGCUUCCUCUUUCUCCACCUUCUUUGGCCUCAGAGGUCUGCAAGCUGCCAAAGGACCCUGGCCCAUGUGAGGCUUAUUCACAAUUUUACUACUACAACUCAGUCACCAGGAAGUGUGAAAUAUUCGUCUAUGGGCUCUGCGGGGGGAAUGGCAAUCGGUUUCACACCAAACUGGAGUGCAUGAUGGUCUGUGGGCAAACAAGUAAGAUUCUUGUCUCCAUGUGUGUCUGCGCUUCUCUGUCUCUCUAUCUAUCUCUGUCUCUAAAUAUUUAUAAGUGUGCAUGUGGAGGGCAGGGAGCAGACUGUGAAGGUCCACAGGGUUCUCUCUCAGCUCCCUUGCUGGUCUCAUCCUGCCCUACCCAUGGGUGAGUUUACCAAUGGCUUCAAGUAACAAGAAAGGAGAUUCCGACUUCUGGCAGUGAGAGCUUUUUGACAGAGGAACGGUCUCCCUUGGGAGGUGGUGAAAUCUCCUUCUUUAGAGGUUUAUAAGCAGGGUUUGGCUGUCUGUCUGUGAGGAAUGUGGUUCCUUCUUUAAGGUGGUUGGGCUAGGUGACCCUUGGGGGUCCCUUUCAACUCUACAAUUGUAUGAUUCUGUCAUUGCUGCUGCCUGCCCUAAGGGCCAGUGCUCAAUUACUUGGCUGCCUCCCCCUUGACUCUUUUUCUUUUCUUCCCCCAGAAAACUCCACUGAGGAGGACUGA